AUGUCUGGGUUUUAUUUUGUUUAUGUGUUUGCUGCUCAGACUGCAGCAGUCCUUAGCUCUUGCUGCAGCAGCAAGCGGCGAGGGGUGGGAUUGGCUGCGGCUGCGGCGUCCGCUGCUAGCAGCUCCCCCCCCUGCAGCAGCAGCAGCAGCAGCAGCAGCAGCAGCGGACCCUGCUGCUGCUGCUGCUGCGAGCCCCGCCGCCUGCGUCGUGUCUGCUGCUGUGCUGCCGCUGUGGCGGUGGGUGGGAUUUGCUGCUUGCUGCUGCAGCAAAGAAGCUGCUGCUGCACUCAGCGCGGUGUACAGACACCUCCUCGAGGGCACAGAGUGCCUCAGCCUCGUUGCCGGCGACAGAACGGCUCUGUCACUCUACGAGCCGUAAGCAGCAGCAGCAGCAGCAACAGCAGCAGCAGCAGCAGCAGCAGCAGCAGCAGUUGCUUCUGCUGCUGCUGCUGCAUGCAUGCAGUCCCUUUGGAACUUUCGUGGCCCAAAGUGUGGCUAAAGGGAAAAAACACUGUCACUGCAUCCGCGUUACGGAGCAGCAACAGCAGCAGCAGCAGCAGCAGCAGCAGCAGCAGCAGCAAAGAGAGCUGCUGCUGCUGCUGCUGA